AUGAAUGUGUUCCACUCACCUAAUUCUGCCCCCAACUCCAAACAUAUCCUACCAACAACUUCUGAUGUACCGUUAAAUGGUACGGAUACCUUUAUUUCAGACAAUUCCCAAACUAUCAUGACACGACUAAAUAACUCAACUGACUCACAUACCAAUAGUUCUUCAUCUGUGCCUUUCUGUAAUUCUCCGACUGAAUUGUUUAUUAAUGUGUCCUCAUCUUGUCCACCACGUCUAACUACAACUACUAAGAAAACAAUGUAUGUCCGGGCUCUUUUUGAUUAUGAUCCCAAUAUGGAUACUGGUUUGCCAGGUCGGGGUUUACCGUUUCAACAUGGGGAUAUUUUACACGUUGUUAAUGCUAGUGAUCGUGAAUGGUGGCAAGCUAAACGAAUUUCUUUAGUAUCCGAUUUUGAAAAUGCUGCUCAUGUAAAUUCGAUGCAUUCAACAACAGAUAAUACUAAUAAUAAUACUAUUAAUAGUAAUACACAAACAUCUACAUUACUUUCAUCUACUACCGGACUUGGAAUAGUUCCUAGUUGUCAACGUAUCGAAAGACGGCAGAGAACACGAUUAAAACGUGUGAAUUUUGUUGGUAAAGUCACUGUGAUUGGUUCAACAUCUUAUCCGCAUACUACUAGUAUUAACAACACCAAAGACAGUAACACAUCAUCAUGUGUUUCGAAUUCAGGAAUAAUGAAUCAAUCCCCCUGGGAUAUUGGUAACAAUGAUUUUACUACAAAUAAUAACAAUAAUUGUGCUACAACUACUACUUAUAAUAAUAAUAUAUCUGUGGAUGCUGGUAUCAGUUCGAAUAGCAGUGAAACGUUAAGAAAUAAUUCUCUUGAUAUGAAUAUAAGAAAUAAUACACCUAUGGAUAUGCCUAUUGUAUCUAAUUCAACUGGUACUGAUACCAAGAAGAAGAGAUCUGGUAGUUUAACAAGAAAUCUACUAAAGUGCUUCUCUCAUCGAUCCAUUAAAAACGAUCCAAUUGGCGCAUUGACUGUUACACGAACUGGAUCUUUGGAUGGAGUUAAUCAGAACAGACACCCUAUAAUCCGAAGUUAUGAUCUUGUAGUUCCAGUCACUAUUUCUACGGCACGUCCUUUAAUAUUUUUCGGUCCAUUGAAGGAUCGCAUUAUUGAUGAAUUAUUAUUGCAUGAUUCACAAUUUACAACAUGUGUAUUACACACAAAUAGACCACAACGGUCAAAUGAACGUAACGGUGUUGAUUAUUAUUUUGUACCAUCGAAAUCAAUUAUGGAAGAAGAUAUUAAACAAGGCAAAUAUAUUGAAGUUAAUCGUUUUCAAGAUCAUUACUAUGGUACAAGUUUAGAAUCGGUUCGAUCGAUUCUUCAGUCAGGACGAAUAUGCAUUUUAGAUGUUGGCUUAGAUGCUGCUAAAUAUUUAGAAGAGGUCGGUUUAUUUCCUAUAACUAUUCUAUUGAAACCGAAAUCGGUCAUACAUUUACGUUCAUUACAACGUCGAUUAACAGAAGAUCAAGCUAAACGAUCAAUGGAACAAAUACACAAUAUUGAAGAUGAGAAUUGGCGUUUUCUUUCAGCAAUUAUAACCUAUGAAAAUUUUGACAAUGUAUUAUUAUCUGUUAAAAAUUAUGUUCAAUUACAUAGUGGUCCAGUGAUUUGGGUACCUUCAGCAUUAUCUACAUUACCCGGUGUUCAAUGUUUAACAAGUACACCUAAGAUCAAUUAUCAUUCAAUUGUAACUGAUCCAAUUAAUCAUCCUCAAAAUAAUGUUAAUAGUAAUAAUAAUAUUAAUACUAACACUACAACCAAUGAUAAUAAUAAUAUUAGUGCCUUACAAUCAUUAUCUAUUCAAUCUGUAAAUUCAACACAAUAA